GCCAGACAGUUACCCAGAGAGAUGAACUGGAACUAACAGCAUCUUAAAUAAACACGUAACAAGCAGCUGUGCUAAGCUGUCGGAAAACCAAGUGCUUUUUCCACAAAGGAACGAGGGACAGGACUGAUUUUAUAUGCUCGAAUGGAGACUUACGCUGGAAAAUGUGGGUGACUGAAGGUGUCCAUGCAUAUGCCAGCAAACUGACCAGUGUUUAAGGAGCAGGCUCUGUGGUGGUUUUGGAAGUUGAAGGAAAUCCACCUGCUGUGUCGUGCAGUCUGAACUUCCCGGAGAAACGUAACAAUCUCCGAAAAUUAAUAAAGGGCAAAACCCCUCCAGUCCCCUUCCCACCAAUCCCACCCCCUAGUCCUGUGAUGUCAGAGGACAGCACCCUUGAAGAACUGCUGAACAGUGGUUUCCCUGGCGACCAGGGGCCACAGGGGACUGAGCCUGUACCGGAGGGGAGGAGCCCUGCCGUGAUGGAUGGAAGCCCCGCCCAGCAGUCCCCUGCUUUGUCCCUGGAGGCGGGGUCCUGGACCACGUUCUGCGGCGGCUGCGGGGGGCGUGUCUGCGAUCGGGUCAUCCUAUUGGCCGCGGGGCGGGUGUGGCACGGGGCGUGCCUCCGCUGCAGCGUGUGCCAGUGCGAGCUGCAGUCUCACGCCUCGCUGUACUGCCGGGACGGAAAGAUCUACUGCCAGCGCGACUACUGCAGGCUGUUCAGUGUGGGGAGGUGCGCCCGCUGCUCCCAGCCAAUCCCAUCGUCCGCUCUGGUCAUGAGGUCUGGGUCGCUGACCUUUCACCCUCAAUGCUUCUCCUGCCAGGAGUGUGACGUCACUUUGCUCCCGGGAAAUCUGUACUGCGCACGGGGGCGGAGCUUGUACUGCCAAUCACACUACCAGACAGAAGGGAGGACAGGCCCGCCCGUCCCCGACCGACUCAGGCAAGCAGACAGAGAAGCUGGAACGGGGGAGGGGGAGGAGUCGGUCAGCAGCCCCGAGCCCCGAUUGGACGAAGGGCCCGCAGGGGGGCGGGCUCGGGGGAGGACCAAGCGAAUCAGGACGUGUUUCCGCAGCGAGCAGCUGAGGGCCAUGGAGUCCUACUUCGCCCUCAAGCACAACCCGGACGGCAAGGACUGGACCUGCCUCUCGCACCGUACUGGCCUCCCAAAACGAGUCCUCCAGGUGUGGUUUCAGAACGCCAGAGCCAAACUGAGACGUUCGCUUCCGGCGGACGAUUCACAGAGCAACUCCCCCGUCGCCCCUCACGCUGACGCCAUGGCGACAAUGCCCGCGUCCAUGGCAACCUCCCAACCGUCGCAGGCUCUCCAGACCAGCACCAUCGACCAACUGGAGCUCUCCCUGCUGACCGCGCCCCUAAGCGUCACGCCUCAGAGUCCCAUUGGCCAGCCCGUUGGAUAUAAAGACUCUUUCCUCCUGGACUACAAUUCCCAGAGUCCACCGAGGCUCUCUCCGUUAAUGACCCUCGACUUUGGGGAGACCAGUGCAGGAAGUGAGGGAGACUGCAACAAGACACCUCACCAAUAUUACUGUUAGUUGCUUUGAUAGUAUUAACCCUGUGUCCAUCCAAUUUAAUCAACAUCAUUCUCGGUUAUCCUAAUAGCAGCUACGAUGUCCUGACCAUUUGGACCAGGCAUUAAAGACCACAGACUUCAUUCGGAUAAUAGUAGAUGCGUGCAGUGAUAGAGGACUGUGGUGAACUGAGCUCUGCUAAGAUAGACAGACAUGUAGGAGCAGAUGUAGGUAGGGAAAUUAUCACUGGUGUGUUACUGUGUCUGUGAGAGUGGAUGCCUUUGUCUGUAAUACCUUUCCUUCACUACAGCUGGAACCAGGCUGGCUCAUUAUACCCCUUUCCCACUGUAGAGCUGGAACCAGGCUGGCUCAU